GUUUCUAUUAUUCUUUGGAGGGCUUUAAGCAACUAAGCAACUGCUUGCAUCGUUGACUCGUGAAGUAAACCAUUAUCAUCAUCAUCCAUCAUUUCUCGAUGGCUGUUUCUUUCUCUAGCCACUCUCUCUUAACACCUCCACGCCUCUCUGCUUCAUUCUCUUUUAAAACCCUAGAAACCAGAACACUGUUAACCCCCCAAUCUCUUCGUUACAGGCCUCAUCUUCGCAAUCCUAUCAUUGGAUUGCCCCUCUCAGGUUCGUCUCCAGUCGGCAACUACUGCUUCAAAUCGCCCUCCUUCAAGGCUUACCUUGCCGCCGAAGAUUCUGCACCUACUACAAAUGACAAAGAGGAGAAUCAUCAGAAUGAUGUGAAAGCAUCAGAAAGAGAAGCAGAUGGUGUGCUCAGUUUGAAGAACCUUAUUAGUACUUAUAAAGCAGCUAUUCUUCAUGGAGAUGAGGGGACCGUACUGGACAUUGAGGCUAGGAUAAAGAUUAUAGAAAAUGAGAAUUCUGAAUUACUCCAGAAAGUUUCAGCUUUAUCAGCAGAAAUAACCUCUGGCAAGGAGAAAUAUAUUCGCUUGCAAGCAGAUUUUGAUAAUUUUAGAAAAAGGUCAGAGAAGGAAAAGCUUACGAUUAGGAGUGAUGCCCAGGGAGAAGUAAUUGAGAGCCUUUUGCCCAUGGUUGACAGCUUUGAAAUAGCCAAACAACAAAUAAAACCAGAAACAGAAAAGGAAAAGAAUAUUGAUACUAGUUACCAAGGUAUAUACAAGCAGUUUGUGGAGAUUAUGAGGAGCUUGCAGGUAGCUGCUGUAGCAACAGUUGGAAAGCCUUUUGAUCCCUCGCUGCAUGAGGCCAUUGCACGUGAAGAGUCAAAAGAGUACAAGGAAGGCGUUAUAAUUCAAGAGUUAAGGCGCGGUUUUCUUCUUGGAAAUCGGCUUCUUAGACCAGCAAUGGUCAAAGUUUCUGCUGGGCCUGGUAGGAAGAAAGCCCCUGUCAGCAAUGAGCAACCUGCAACUGCUACUGGAGUGGAUGACAGAUAGUAAUGUUGCAAAUCUCAGCAUCUAAAAUGUGGCUUAGCUGAUUGCAUUUUGCAUUUCUUGGAGAUAAAUUUAGCUGCUCUUACUCUCGUUCAGAAAACACAUACUUCAAUUUCCUAUUAAUGCUGCAUUAGGGGAAGAAUCAAGCGGACUUUAGGCACCCCAAAUGAUGGUUUGUUUUUUUAUUAAAUUACAUGUCGGGGCUUUCUUUGCUUUUGCAAUUGCUUGCGUUUGUUGCUGCUUCUGGCAUAUCAUUUGUUGGAAGCUGUAAGUGGGAAUCAGCAUUCAGCGCACUUAACAUUGACUAUGCUCAUAAAUAGUAUGAAGAUGAUUAUACAGCCAACAUUACGAUAAACUAAUCUCAGAUUUCAUGGAACUUGGAUUGGUGAAAUUCCCAACUAUCGGCUUAUGUCACUGUAAUGCAUCUUUUUAUAUGAAUUUCAGGAUGCCAACAAAUGUGUAUUCAAAAAGCAUAAUAGCUAUAUUAUCUAUACACUUGAAUCUUAUUAUGUGUGUGAUUUUUGUCCAUUAACUUUCUUCCUGCCACUCAAGAAGUUUGAUCUCGUGCUGAUCUGGAGAUGUUUAUGCUGCAUUGCCCCCAAUCCCACCAUCACAUUUCAUCAUCUAUGAACAAAAACUAAUUGUAUCCAUCAUUUAAUGAUACGUAAGUGUAUAGUGAAGGCUCGAUAAACUUAUGCGCAGGAGGGAAUCUAAAUCCACCUACUACAUUGAUAUUUUGAGAUCCGAUAAAGAGUAGGUUCAAGGUGUAUUUUAAUAAGUUUGGUCUGGAUUGUCUUUCCCUUUCUUCCUUUUCUCUUGUGUUCUCUAGUGACGUAUAAUUGCCAUCUUGCGUUUGUACUCUCCUGUCAUAGUCACGCUGGCCGUACGUACGGGCAUACUGUGUCCUUUUCCCUUGUAAGGCGGUCAUUUAAUUCUAUCCAGCGCCAUAUGGAUAUGAUCUCGGGCGUCAUGGGGUUUGUUGUCACUGGAUUUAUUGUCUCAUGAGGCUAGAGGAAUAAACAUGAUUAGGCCUCCCAUGCAUAGGAAUAAACAUGAUUAGGCCUCCCAUGUAUAGGCUCGAGACCGGACUGACUCAUCAAAGUGAAGCUUGGUCUUGUAUGUGAAGCAAACCUAUGUAUCGAGCCUUAGAAGAGUUAAGGUCUGGUCUUUCCAGCACGGGCUUAACCAGGGUUGGGGUGUCUAGGGCUCGAUUAUCAUUAAGUGCCCCCUUUACCUGCUCAUUAAUUAUUCCAUGAUUAAUGAGCGGAUAAAUUUUGACACUCCAAUUAUUAUUACGCAGCUCUAGAAAAGUUUUUGUCAAAACGUCUCCUCUUCGCCUUUACCCAUUUCAAACUUAUGCUUUUACUUUCAUUGACUGCACUGCCUCUUGCGUUGCUUUUGCUAUCCUGCCCCUUUCUCUUCUUUAUAAUUUCUACCUUUUCAAUUUGAGGUACGUCUUGCUCUUCUUAUGGCUUCUGCUAGAAUUCCAUGUAGUGGGUCUGGUAUCCUCUAUCACCUCUUCCUUUUUUUUCUCACUACUUUUCCAAUGACUAUUCUGACACUAUCAUCUAUAGAAUUAGGGUUCCCUUACCUAACGAGUGGAUCGUUCUCCCCUACCCACUACUGACGGGUCUGAUAGACGCCCAACAAGGGCAUAACUUGGUCCUUUUCGUCAAGCAGAGUGAUAUCGGGCUGACCUUCCCUUUUGCCCUUUCUUUAUUGAGGUUUUCUGUCAUUUUUUAGUGUCUCCUUGGAUGCUGUCCCCCAAUUCUAUCUUAUUCAUGUGUUGUUUCGAGUUCGUUUGCUUGUGUUGGGGUUUUGCCCCUUCUAUUGAGUUGUUUUGCACCUUCUUUCACCUUGUUAGGUCUACCCACGAAUUCGAUUACUUUGGUCCCCGAGCCGGACUAUCCAUAUUUGCUAGGUAUAAGGAUUCGAUAAAUAGUUGAGCAGAGAAUUUUGUAGUUGUCGAGUUAAAAGAGAGCUCAUGAAUUAAUUGGGAUAUCGACCUCUUCUUGAGGAGGUCCUUCAGGGCUGUAACGACCUUCCUAGGUUAAGCCUAGUGGACCAAAUUUACCUUCUCCAACUGACCUCUGUAAAGAAGAAAUAUAACCUCGAGAAGUGCAUGUUUAUGUCUGACCUGCGAGACUACCGGAAAGCUGACAUGCUUUUUUGGUUUUCUUUCUUUUUAUAUUUUUCUUUCAUUGUUUUGAGCUCUAUCUGGAUUUGUAUUUCCUUUUCAGCUUCUGUUGUAUCAAUGGGCACCAUCAAGCUUCCCAAGAAUUUCACCUUGUCCUGGGAGAGCAUGAAGGCGACUCUGGCCGUUUUCAAGGCCAACAAAUCCAUAGCUAAUGUGAUCCGGGAGGUUUUUCAGGCUGCAGACCCUACAUCUGUAGCUUGUCGCUUUGCCUCUGCCCCUACGCCUUCCCUGGCUUUAGUGUUUGUGACAGGGGGCUCUCACUCUACAGCAUCUAGGACGUUGGUUCUCGCUAAAGCGUCGACUCAUGCCAAGACUCUUGCUCCCAAUAAAAUUCUUAAGGAGCCAAUCACGCUCAGCGAGUCGGCUGAGAGCAGCUCGGAAGAGGGCACUAGGACUGCUCCUUUGGACGUUCCACCUAUCUAGGCUGUAGGAGCUGUCGUGAUUGGGGUUGAGCUACUAAGCGUGCCUGGACUUUAGAACCUGUCAUCUGCCCCAAACAAUGAAUUAUUGAACAUUACUAAGGUGAUUGUUGAGUCCAUUCCGGUCUCUGCGGCCAAGAUGAUGUGCCAGAAGAUGUUCAGGGAGUCUCGGAUGCUUCUGAUCCCCGCUUCCUGGCCCUCGUCAGCCAUCUAGCCUACUCUACUAAGCAAUAGGCGGUCUUCAGCUCACAUUCCAUGAAUGACCUUGGAGACAGUUUGAGGGAGAUGUUUCUCAUGGUAAGUUAUCUGCUCUCUUGAGAAUAUUUUUAAUCUUUUAGCUUUCUUAGUCUCGCUUUUGCUUUUCUGUGGUAGGCCUUUGGCAUGUUCAUGAAAAUUGAUGCUCGGAAUCGGUCCUUCUAGAGCUCGGUGGAACAGCGUAUCGCUGAGGAACACCUGGACGAGAAUAUAGUUGCAACUGGUGAGGUCCGCGGGCACAUUAUCGAGUUCCAAGAGCAAAUCGAGGACCUCACCAAGCAGCUGGGGGAGAUGAGGGAGGUCACCAGGGCUUCCCAACGAGCUUAUGCGGCAGAGUCUCAGCGAGAUGAAGCCUUUGCACAACUAUUCGCUUUGGAGGAGACUUGCCAUUAGCGCGAUGAGGCCGAGGCCCAACGUGACGAGGCUUUGGCUCGUGCCGCUAUCCUCCAGCAAGAGCUCAACAAAUGUAUCGAGGAGCUGAGGGGCAUGACUUUUGCUACAAAGGAGUUUCGACUUCAGCAACAACAACUUUGCCAAGAGGUCUCUACCUUAAAGGAGAGGUGUACUUCAUUGCUGAGGGAUGCUCAGGCUACAGAGGGCAGGGUCUAGCAAGCCUAUGAGGAGCGAUUGCAAGAGUAUAGGGAUUUUGCAUACUUGAAGGAGAGAAUCCAGCAGGCCUGUGAAGCGCGAUUGGAGGAAUAUAAGGCCUCAGCAAAGCUAAAGGAGAGGAUAUACAAAGAGGCCUUUCGCAUAUUUGCUUCAGGCUUCAACCAGGGCCUUAAAGCAGCUCAGGAUGCCCCCUCCACUUCGUUGGCUGGCUUACGAGCCCUCGAACUCGAUUUUGACGAUGAGGAGAUAUGCUAUGGAGAGGACGACAAUCACUUGCCCAAGAACCCUUCUUCUUUGCCCUCUGGAUUGCAGAGAAGGCAAUUUUGUAAAUAAUAAUACUAUAAAUGACCUAGUCAGUUCUGCUCCUCCUUCCCUUACUGUUUUUGUAACUCAUUCCAAUGGCUAAUUGCAUUAAUAAAAUUUUAAGUUUUUAUGUUA